UUAGACCUGUAUACAUUUGGUCAAGUUAUUUCGAUGGCGUCUUUACGUUUCGGUCAACAUCUGAUUACGUCGAGUCAAAUCUUUUUCCAGUCGUCUCUCAGUUUUGCUUUUGUGAACAUUAGACCGGUUGUACUUGGUCAUGUUUUAGUGGCUCCCAAACGACUAGUAAAACGAUUCGCAGGCCUAACACAGGAAGAAAUUACUGAUCUAUUCAUAAACUCACAGAGAGUAUGUGCAACAGUUGAACGUGCAUACAAUGCUACAUCAUGCACAAUAGCAAUACAGGAUGGUCAUGAUGCUGGUCAAACAGUAGAGCAUGUUCAUGUGCACAUUGUGCCUCGGAGAUCGGGCGACUUCAAGAGAUAUGAUGAUGUUUAUGACAAAAUUAAUGAGUGUGAGUCGUCUCUUGAUUCUUGGCAACGAACUGCAAGAUCCGAGCAAGACAUGAAUGAAGAAGCAUCUCACCUAGCUGCAAUGCUGAAACAGUGAAUAACGAAGCUUGGUUGCUUCUAGCCUGCUGUGAAGUUAGCAUGUCCGUAUGAUCAGACAAUUACAGUCGAAUUAUGUGUAUUGUAUUGAUUGAAUAGUUAACAAUUAUUUACUAUGGUUGACAUUGUUAGUUGUGUAAUUCUAGA